AUGUCCUACCGGAAUCCUACUACAUCAAAACAAUCGACCACUCGUUCGAAUAGUCAUUUUCCUGCAAAACGGCAAUAUGAAGGCGUAUCAGCGCCAAGAGACUCGAGCACAGUUGAUACACCUAUUACACUUAUACAGGCAAACAGGCGUUUCAAAGAUGGCAUUAACAAAAAAGAAGUUAUUCCCCCUAUUCCACCGAGCAGAACAAAUUUGGACAAUAAUUACGAUGAUAUCAAUGGGAAUACGGCAUAUCUUGACACUGCAGAUGAAGAUAGUUUGCCACUUAAACUAUUUGACGGUAAAAAACAAUCACUCAGUGAAUUAAGCGAAGAAUUCAUGUCAUAUUUAUGGUUCAGGNUAUUCCUAUCUCGACAUCUCUUAGGACUUUACUAA